GGCGUCUCUCCAACAGAUGCUGAACUACGCCAGAGCAGAGAAGGUAAAGGUGAAAGUCAGGAAGUUGGGAGGACCGAACAACACGGUGGCCACGCUCACGGACAUGAACAACUCAACGGGAGAGAGGAACAUCAUCAUAGAUCUCGACAGACCAUCUACAGAGGCUGUUUUAAAAAUGAUCACAUUUCAGCAGAUGUUGACGUCACCAUGGCAUUACGUCAUCAUGAAUCCGGACUUCUCAAUCAUGAACCGUGACAUCCUGUCCUACGGACAAGCGAACAUCACCAGUUUCCAGCUCGUGGACCCGUCCAACGGCACGGUGCGGGACGUCCUGGCGAGCUGGCAGGGUCUGGACCCCAACACGUACCCGGGGGCCGGCAAGGAGAUGAUGGGAUACAAGGCAUCUCUCGUCUUCGAUGCAGUCCGAGUUAUUUCCAACGCCUUUUGGAAGAUGCAGUACUCGGGCGAGGACUUAAGUCUGAAAAACUCACCUACAUGCGACAACUUCAGACCAUCAAACUAUGGUGCACAGAUCAGGAAAUAUCUAUCACAGGUAAACAUACAAAGUGGCUUGACGGGUAACAUACAGUUUGACGGCUUUGGGCGGCGUAUCAACUACUCCAUCCAAGUCAUGGAACUGCGGAGACCAGGGGGUUAUCUUACUAAGGUGGCCGAGUGGAGAAAGAUAACCUUGAGCGACAUCGGCCGCCCUUCAGUCAAGGUCAACCGGAGCGAAGGCCUGGUCAGAGUCACGUCGAUAUUGGAGCCGCCGUUUCUGAUGAAAAAAAGCUUAGAAGAUUUAGAAAAAGAGAAGUGUGAUCCCGAAAAGGACAACAACUGCCAGUACGAGGGAUACUGCGUGGACAUGUUGAACAAGGUGGCAGGCAUUGUCGGCUUCAACUUCACAAUACACCAGGUGGCGGACAAGAAGUACGGAGCGCCGGACGAGAACGGCACGUGGAAUGGCAUGGUUGGUGAGCUGAUAUCCGGGAAAGCCGAUCUCGCUGUGGCCCCACUCACAAUCACUUUGUUGCGAGAACAAGUCAUCGAAUUUUCGAAACCCUACAUGAGUGUUGGCAUCAGCAUCAUGAUCAAGAAGCCACAAAAAUCCAAGCCUGGGGUCUUUUCCUUUCUAGAUCCGCUGGCGUACGAAAUCUGGAUGUGUAUUUUGUUUGCCUACAUAGGCGUUAGCGUAGUUCUAUUUCUCGUGAGUCGAUUCAGUCCAUAUGAAUGGCAUACAGCAGACUCCGCUGGGGGUGGAUCCAUGGAAGAGGAGCAGACCAACGAUUUCGGCAUAUGGAACAGCCUGUGGUUCUCACUGGGCGCCUUCAUGCAGCAAGGCUGCGAUAUCUCGCCAAGAUCAGUCUCCGGAAGAAUCGUGGGCGGCGCCUGGUGGUUUUUCACCCUGAUCAUAAUCUCCUCUUACACCGCCAACCUGGCCGCGUUCCUGACGGUGGAACGUAUGGUCACCCCCAUCGAGUCUGCUGAUGACCUCGCCAAACAGACUGAAAUCGCGUACGGAACCGUCAGAUCCGGGUCAACCGAGUCCUUCUUUAAAGCCGCGACAAUCCCAGUGUACAUGAAAAUGUGGACCUACAUGAGUAACGCAAACCCCAGUCCAAUGGUGGACUCCAAUAGCGAAGGCAUCGCCAAGGUGCGCAGCUCCAAGGGAAAGUACGCUUUCAUGCUGGAGUCGGCGCAGAAUGAGUACGUCGAACAGCGCAAACCCUGUGACACCAUGAAAGCCGGAUCAAACCUGGAUUCUAAAGGCUACGGCAUCGGCAUGCCGAAGAACUCAUCAAGAAGGCAAGACAUCACCCUUGCUGUAUUGAAGCUGAGGGAAGACGGCAUCUUACAGGCGCUGGAGACUAAAUGGUGGUAUGAUAAAGGAGAGUGCGGGCCCGCUGAGAGCAGCAGCAAAGGGGAGACAAGUGCUCUCAGUCUCAGCAACGUGGCCGGUGUUUUCUACAUUCUGGUGGGAGGUCUGGGCCUGGCCAUGAUGGCGGCCCUGUUGGAGUUCUGCUACAAGUCCAAAGUAGAAGCCAAGAAAACAAAGGUAAAAGCACGGAUGUCCAUCAAGGGAGAAAACGGAAGAGUGCCCUCGCCGACCGACCCGUUCCCGAAGUCCAUGUCAUCCGUACCCAUCACCAGACCGAGCGGAAUGCCGAUGGUAAAUACGAUGGAUACUAUGGAUACAUUGGAGAGCUUCGAGCUGUAUAAGACUAACUCACAAACACAAGUGUAGUGGGGCCAAAGGAGGGCAUUUCGUACAAUUCUGUACAACACUAGCGAUGAAGCGCCGGACGGAAUGGUGGUUGGAUUGCCAUGGGGCGUGCAUAGGAUGGUGGAGCUGCAAUAUCUACAGACUGAAGACCUUUAUAAUUAGAUCCCAUAUCACAUAGUUCAGACGUCACGUUCAUUCUGGUGUUUUUGUCAUACUCACGAAGUAAAUCAUCAACGUCAAGAAAAUAAAUAAAAAGAAAAGAUAUCGAUACCCAUUGCAUUACCACUCUUACAAAGUGGCCGUAGAAUACGUUGUGUUGGUAUCUACGCUUUCCAACUGUGGCAACUAGAAGAGACUGUGUUUCACGUUCACGCAUUUGUACACUUUGA